UCUUACUUACAUGCUCUGUAAUUCGGGUGUUUUUAUCUUCAGUCCCAUGUUGAACUAUUAUGGCACCAUGCACUAACGUCCUUCCGCUAAACUCUCUUCCACCACCCAACUCAUGCACUUACUUUCUCUAUCUAAACAAUCUUUCCCAGUGCCAUUUUUUCUUGUCAUCGACCAAAUAGAGUUUCUCUUUUGUCAGCAAGAAGCAAGAUUUUUUCAUUCUUGAAAUCAAAUAUUGUUCUUGAGUUUUCCUUCUUCUUGUCGUUGAAGUGACGAGUUGGUUUUUCUUAUCAUGGAUAACCGGGCUGCUCAAAAUACGCUUGACUUGUAUAUUCAUGAUUACAUGGUCAGGAACAACAUGCACACAAGUGCAGAUAUCUUCGCUAGGGAGGCUGAAGUUAUUCCAAAUGUUCAUGCAAUCAAUCCUCGGAAAGAACUUUUAACAGAUUGGUGGUCCUUAUUUUUGGAUGUAUACAACGCUAGAGCUGAAGCUGCGAGGCAUUCUCAGACUCGAGGAGCGUCCUCAUCUAAGGAUACUCAGACAACAGUAAAUGUGCCAUGGCAUAAUCCUAUAUUGACAAGGCCGGAUUUUGGUCAUAUGCAGCACGGGUGUAUUAAUGAAGGUAACAAAGUCAAACAAAUUCCACCAGAAGAAUUGCCUUCAACUGUAAGUGACACGACCAGUCCCGAAUCAACCUAAUCGACUAGGAACGUGACGUGCGUCGAUGAUAGAUGCUAACUAAAUUUUAGAUCUACCACCAAGGCUGACUAUGACUUAGUACAAAAUA